AUGCGUCAAUCUGUCUACCUGUCAAAUUUGCCAGCGUCAAAUGCCUCCAGGAUAGAAUAUGCUCGACAACUGUUGAAGUCCAUCAACAAGGAUAACCCAUAUGCUCUAUCGGCGGAGAAAACGUUGCCAGAGCCGCUUCCUUCCGCAGACGUGCCCCUUCCACUGCUAGAUGAGAAGUACGGGGUAGUUAGUGUUUCCAGGCCUCGUAAAUGCCGCAAUAAAUGCUUCCUUGGGUUCGCUACGCCAUCUCAGGCAGACGAGUUUCUACAAAACUUCAAGGACCGCCUUUUCAUAUAUGGCCACCAGGUCAAUAUAGAGCCAGCGAAGCAUGAUGCAUUCUGGUAUAUUGAACGCGAGGAUCCGCGAGCAUGCCAACGGCUGCGCAAACACCGAGCGCAGCUUGCUGAUCCAGAAGCCAAGUUGCGUGUUCGUAGCAACCGCCGCCUGCGCAGGUUACGAAGCAGGCUAAGGAAAAGGGGCCUGGAUGCCGAGCACAUCACAGAAGUAGUACAACGCAUAAAGGAGAAAAGCAAGCCAAGCGCUGAAAACAAGACCGUGCGUGAGCGGACUCCCUCAUCCGCUGCGGUUGCUGAUCCUAAGAAGCGGGUAGUCGAUGUCGCAAACAACCCGCCAAACAAAGUAUUGCUCGUACAGGACCUGCCAACAGACAUUACCGAGCAAGAGCUGGUGGAUAUAUUUGCAAACGAUAAGUUGCUCCAGGUAAGACUAGUCCAGGUCCGGCAACUGGCGUUUGUAGACUACGCCGAUGUACAGAGCGCUACGGCGGUCAAGAACAAACUGGGUACAAAUUAUGUGAUCAAAAAUCAAACAACCAUCAUAGGGUAUGCGAAGUAG